AUGAGCACCCCCGACGCCGACAAUGGCAACCCUUUCGAGGUGGUAAAACGUCGCAACCAACGCCGAAAAGGUCACUACCGAGCGGACUCAUGCCCUAGUCUCCCAGCGACACCCCUGCCUCAGCAAAGCUCCCCUUCAGCCCGCGACUGGGCGCCUAACAACUCCCUCCGUCAGCCUCCCCGAAACCCGCUACGGGUUGAGGAAAGUGCUGGAACUUCCACGGAACAAACAACAACACCCGACUCUGAUCCCAUCUAUACACGUCUCUCCCACAUGAGCCAGCCGGGCGAUCCGCUGAAGGAGCGUCUGUGCUGGUUGAAUCCAGAGAACGGCACAGCACUCGGCAACCGCAAUCCGAACAUACCCACGCCUGACUCUGCGGCGCCAAAUUCGCAUGGUGUCGCAGAGCGCCUGUCAGUCCUGACCGACGACGACGGAUCAGAUAUACCGGUUCCCGACGUACAGUCAAAUCUCCAAAGCGACGCAGACCACUUGACAAUCGUAUCCGACGCUCUCAGCGCCAGCAGAAGGGAAGGACAGAACUGCGCCUUGGACGAAACCGGAACAGACGCGCUUGAUAAGGUCCUCAAAGAACUCCGCUGGCUGCGCUUCCUCGCCUACAUUGGCGACUACGCCCAAGCGGUGUGCCACUGCCUUUGUGCGAUCAACGAGCAUCUGCGUGGCCACCACGAUCUCCGAGUGCUUUACCAGGAUUCACAACUGGAGAAAUACGAUCGCUGGAUCAAAGGCGGCAUGCGAGGCGAACCAUCCGCGGGGGUGAUAUCCGACGUUGACAGAUGUAUCAAGCACAAGAACGUCGGACCCAACGUGCUAUCCCACGAAGCUGCAUACCUCGCCUUCAGGCUUUACUCGCACAGGAAUGUUGAGUUUCAUUCAGGCCUGGGAGCCAUCAAGGCCAGAAAGGACAAGCAGACGAGAAUGGGGAUGAUUCUGCGGGAUAGAGAACGCCUUCCGUUGGUUGUGCUGCCAGAAUACGCCAAUUGCCAGGUGCAUCUGCAGAGGGUAAUACACUUCUACGCAUCGGCCCCUUCCAUCUACGCCGAUUUUGGCCUGGAACCACCAAAGUAG